AUGGGAAGAAGGGACAGUUAUGGUUUAGCCUAUAUUUAUACUCUUGGAUCAAAUUCUUGGAAAUCUAUUCAAACCAUCCCUUUUGAGUUUAAUUUAAAUACAGAGUCGACUGAGGAGAUUGUUUGUGGAUCUCUUCAUUGGUUAAUCGACACCCCGAUCAACUCCAAGGCUAUCUAUUCCUUGGACAUCAUCCAGGAGAGACUAGAAGAAUUGCAACUACCAGAAGAACCUCUGGUGAAGAAGCAGAAAUUCACUGUGAGAAAGUGGGAUGAGUCUGUUUGUCUACUGGUUAAUGCUGAUAACAAUAAUAUUCAAUUUUAUGUGUGGGUGAUGCAGGAGUAUGGAGUUAAGGAUUCUUGGUCUAAAAAAAUUUCCGUCACCCUAAGAUCGGUGGACGAUUCUCUUUCUAGUACGAUGUGGUCUUUCAAGAAUGGUAAGAUUCUACUUAAGACUAGCAGUGAUUUAGUACUAUAUGACCCAAAGAAUGCAAGUCCAAGAGAAUCAUAUAUUCGUUAUCAAAUGCUGGAGGGCGAAGUGUAG